ACUGGAGGUUCUUUGAGAAGUGUGGUCCCUAGCUGUAUUCCACUACUUGCCCUCCCUCCGCUCUGCUUCAGAUCGUGUUGGAUUUGCAAUAAGAAGAGGAACUGGAGAAGUGUUGACUUGCAUUGACUGUUAUACCCUCAGUCAGGUAUACAGAUAGGGACUACAUAUCUCGAAGAACCUCCACUUAUGGUGAGAAUCACCCCUGUCACACAGCCUGGAGCUCCCCAGAUGGAUGGCAACACCUGUCACAAUGUUGUUUCUGAGGUGAUCUAUGAAAUAGAGUUCAAUGGGACCCAUGGAAUCCAGAAUGUCUCCGUCCAGCUUAAAGUGACCAGUGUCUCUGGGAACUCUCUGCAGCAGCGGUUCACACUUCAGUUCUGGCAGAGCAGGACCCCUUUAUAUACCUUGCCAAGAAGCGGAAACCCUGGCUAUAUCAUUGGGGCACCACUCUUGUCUCUAAAUAGUGGUGCCAGGCAGCAAGUGACUAUCUUACAGAGCCAGGGUGAUGGAAUAUGCUCUCAGACUCUCAGGUACAAGGUACAGUUUGGAAUGAAUGUGAGGACAAGCUGCCAGCUCAGCAUAUCCCAAACAAUGGAGGAUGGAAACUGUAGCUACUUUCAGGAGAAGCUAUACCAGGCCCUCCAAGGGAUGAGCAGCCCACAGGCUCUGGCCAUAAUUGGCAGUGCUGAGCCAACCCAGACAGAUCAGUGGACCAGCAUCAUUAUCCGGAACUGUAGUAUGCAGGCUGGGAAUUGUGCCUCCUGCUGUAUGGUUCCUGUGUCCCUGAAGAUCCAGGUAUUGUGGGCUGAGGUUGGCCUCCAGUCCAACCCACAAAGUCAAGUGCUGGGAGCACGGUAUUGGUAUCAGUGUCAGUCUCUGAAGUCCCUCAGCAUGACCAUGGUGCCUUUGACAACCGUUGUUUCCUUCUCUGACGUGACAGAAUGGCCAGAGCCUCCACAUAGCCAGCCCGGCACAUACUGGAAACUUCCAUUUGACUUCUUUUUCCCCUUUAAGGUUGCAUCAAAUGGGGGGAUAAGCUGUCAAGGAGACCUGGCUGGUGCUUUCCUGAUGUCUCUCACAUUCUGCAGCAUUCUCAGUUUCUGAAGAGAGUGAAGUCUGGUGCUCUGCUCCUCAUGGCAACAUUUAUGCCCAGGUAGUACCAGAGAGCUCACGCCAUCCUGCUGUAUCCUGGUGUCAUAUUUGGUGCCUGUUUCUCACCUGGGUGAGACAAUAUGAGAGAGACAGUAACCUAAAUGAUUCCUCUUUGUUCUUGUGAACAGCAAAGAAGGUGUUUAUCUGACAGCUAAAAAAAGCAGAUGUUUCAGGAAAUCCUGUUGGUGUAAUGGUACAGUCAGAAUAUGAUGCAGACCAAAGACUCUUCUAUUCUGUUCAGGUUCUCACCCUGUGCCUAUCAUCAUGCUAUCCCUGUUCCUUCUUGUAGUGCAUUGUGACCUUAUUAACAUCUGUCACCGGUGAUUCUUCCAUGUCUGCAACCUCUUUAUGCAGAUUUGUGAAGGAAGACGCGAUUAGAGUUAUUUCUUGUUGUCUUGUGGACUCCCCUGUGCUAACUCCACGUGCUUUUGUUUUGCUUGUAACCUUUAAACUGGACCUCAAGAAAAUUAUUCUUGAUGCUUA